AUGGCCCGGAUUUCUGUGUCUGAAGAGUUGAGUGAAGUGCAAGUGUUGAACUCUAAUGAGCCGCUUGUCACGGCUUCCUCUUCUGCGCCGUCUUUAAGUAGUGCGCGAGUGUUGGACUCAAUAGAGCCGCUUGUGCCUACUACUACGCAAGUGCAAGUGUUGGACUCAAAUGAGCCGCUUGUGCUCCCGUGUGUGCGAUUCCCGGUCCUUGACGAACCGUUUGCUGGUCCUAGUGGGAUGACUGGUCCCAGUGGAGCAGCUGGUUCUUGUGGUAGCCUAUCAGCUAUUUGUAGUUCUUCGGAGAAAAAUCUUCUCCAAAUUGGGUACACACGAACAGUGUGUUCAGUUUGCGGAGAAGAGAGGACUCAUCCCAGUAGACAAAAUCUGCGCAUACCACCGGAAGCCAAUGAUUUUGACAAAAGAAUCAGGGAAAGUUGGAAAAUUUAG